AUGUGGUUAGACCAAGAUACUCAAGACCACACUUCCGAAAUGGCUACCAGUCCAACCAACGCUGCUCAUAGAACCAAGGAGAGAAAACGACACUACUCGAAGAAUGGGUGCCGCGAGUGCAAGCGUCGAAAGAUCAAAUGUGAUGAAGCAAAACCCAGCUGCUGGCAGUGUGAGCGCUUAAAAAAGUCAUGUUCGUAUCCCGAUGUUGGUGAGAAGGUACUUCGAGUUGCACGUAGGUCUGUGACCUCCCGCUCAAGCUCGUCCCCAAAAAGCGAGAUAACACCACAACCUGUUUCGGCUCACAGUACUACCGCUAUCAAGCCUGAAAUUCCUGCCAGGUUCAUGAACGUGCCGAAUCAAGAAUCAAGAGGCUUUAAUGAGCCGAAUGGUCAUCAACAGUAUCCUCCGAGCCAGAGCUUACCUCAAAAUAAAGCUCAAAAUCAACUACAAAUGCCCAAUCAUUAUGCCCAUUAUCCUCAUGUGCCAGUUUCACAGCCUCAACAUCAGCAACAUUUUGCAGCACCGCAACCGCAUCAUCUUUCACACCCACCUCAACCCCAGCAACAACAUGGCAUCCCUAUCCCGCUCCCGCCCCAUCACUAUUCACCAUAUGGAAUACCACAGCACCGCUAUAUUCCAUCUUCCAUUCUGAAUCUAUUGAAUGACACGCUGAAUGGCUUACUGUCUUCAGAUCAUUCUUCGUCUUACACUUCCAAAGGUAACACUCUGCCCGGAUCAUCCUUAUCCCAAGAUUCGCCGGUCAUGUAUACCACUCCUGGGUUGCAUCAUCCCAAACCAGAUGAAAACCAUCUCGCAGUAUCCGAUUUUACACAGAAUGACAACAUGAUGAUUCUAGACAACUACCAGUAUUUCAACCAGGACGACCUCAAUUUAUUAGCAUCUGACCUUAACAACAUCGUGAGCAACAUCAUGUUUGAGUCUAAUUACGAUGGAAAGUUCGAUGCUGCGAACUUCAAGAGCGAUAUCAAGGAGGACGGGAACAUGCGGACCAGCUCGCCCCACCAGCCUGAUUUAGACCUGAAAAAUAUAGCUUUUGAUUACAUUCAGGUGAGCAGCCCCCAUGAAAAGCUUUACUUGGAGGAGUUCUACACUCAUUUUGCUCAUAUUAUCCUUCCUUUUUGCUCUUGGGAUGAGACUACUAAUACCUACGUUAAUCCUGCUCGUGAUAUAUUGCUUCAGAGAGCGGCUAAAGAACCAUUUCUCCUAGCUGCGGUUCUUGCCCAAGGAGCAAAGACGUCCUUUGUCAGGCACGGAAAUGAAGCCGAUGAAGAAGCUUAUUGCAGUUAUUUGUCGAAGUGCCUCAAGUUACUUGGACCUGCGUUGGGAAACGGCGACGAAAAGGAGACCGUGGACCUUCGAUCUAACAUUGAGGCUGUGCUCUUGACAGUUUUGCUAUUGACUUCGGCCAAUGCAUCGAAUCUGAAGCAGGAUUGGCGACCGCACUUGAGAGGGGCCAAGGACUUGCUAUUAAAGUACACUUCUAACAAUCGAAAGUGGAGAAAUUCAAAGAUUUUAGUAUUUUGCAAAUACUGGUUUGUAUCCUUCGAAGUCCUAGCGGGAAUCAGUUCAAGUAAAGGCGGUACUCUCAAGACCAACUCUGAAAUCGACUCCUUGAUGAACCCUGGUAAUCGAUAUGAGAUCCAAGUGAUGAAGGAUUUAGGGUUUAUAAAAGAGAAUGGUUUCAAUAUUCUUUACGGUUACCACAACAGUUGUGUCGCUCAUCUUCGAGAUUUGGUCAAGAUUCUUAACAAAAUUAGACAAAAUGAAACUGUCGAUGCUUUUGAGAUUCUCAGAGUUGUCGCGGAUCUAUACAAGCAAACUGAAAUCGAAUUCAUCAAUAAGAAUGGAAUUAUGUCACCUAGUGAUUUGAGACCUGGACAACCUACGACUGGCCAUUUGUUGGAACGUGUCUUUGUUAACAAGCAAGAAAAGAUUUUGAGCUGGAUGGACAUAUGCCAUCAGGCAUACGUUUUGGGAGGUGUCUUAACUCUCUUGACCAAAGGCUUGAACACACCCUAUGAUUCCCCUGCCGUUCAACAGAUAACGUCCAUUCUUGUUUCCUUCGUUGAAGUUUUGGUUACUGUCCCUGAGAGACCUGCAGCGAUAAAGUGUGCCGGGAUGAUGAUCCAAUGGCCUCUGUUGGUAGCAGCCAUGAAUUGCAAAGGGGAGGAGCGUAGGUUCACAAUGAUGAAAUUUUUCAAGAAUUCGAGUCAAAAUGGAUCUGGUGGAGCACAGAUUGCACUUAGGAGAACCAAGAAGAUUUGGAGCCAGCGUGACAAUGGAGAGCCCAUUGAUGGUUCUGAUGAUGCCGAGUUUGUUUCUUACUGA